ACCCCCUUCCUAUAUAAACUCAUAAAAAACGCUUGGACAUGGCGUCCAUUGAUCUUCCUCCCCCCUCCAACUCCAAGAAAUCGACUGACGCCAACGAGAACGAGACGCCAUCGCUGCCAUGGGUUUGCAGGAGGAGUUUGAGGAGUUCGCCGAGAAGGCCAAGACCUUGCCUGACACAAUUUCCAACGAGGACAAGCUGCUUCUCUAUGGCCUCUACAAGCAGGCAACCGUUGGCCCGGUUACCACUGGGCGCCCAGGUAUUUUCAACCUGAAAGACAGAUACAAAUGGGAUGCUUGGAAGGCCGUUGAAGGGAAAUCCAAGGAGGAAGCUAUGGCCGAUUACAUCACCAAGGUGAAGCAGCUGCUGGAGGAGGCUUCUGCAUCCACUUCUUAGGCUAUUAUGAACAACACCAUCAAUAGUGCUGCAUAUAUGUACCAAUAAACAUAAAUACUAUACCAUCAUCAGGCGCUUUGUGAUCAUCCCUUCUCUGUACUUGUAAUAGUUUCAAGCAGACUCGGUCCUGUUAAUUGAUCAUGACUGUUAUUAAGUUUGUCCGUCUUUUCUAAAUUUAACUUGUUGCUAAGGCUA